CAAACACUACAAUUUCAACUUAAACAUAAACAAAACAUCUGAAGCCGGCGGAAUUAUUAAUUUUCGCGUUGUAUAUCCGAGAUUUUCAUCUUUCAAGCAUUCUUCUUCAAGCAAUAGCCUGCCCUAUUUGUUGUCCUUCGCAAUUCAUUCGAUAUAUUGAAUAUGGCUUCGCUGAAGUGUCCUGAUGAAGUGCUUCAUUUUCCAAAUCAUAUGAGCAUAGAGAUAUCAUAUGGAAAUGCCUUGUCAUAUUCCAAGUGUAAGAUUUAUGAUCCGAAGAUAAUGAGCCAAGGAUUUGUUUGGCAUCAGAUUGUAGUGCAGCAUAAUACUACCAUGGGUCUGGGCAUAGAGGGUAGAAAUGAGAUACUCAAAUCCCUCUAUGAGGCUAUUGAAGGGGAGGAGUUCUAUCCGGUGGCAUAUAGACGUGGACGUUUGGAGGAUCGAUUUUUAGUGCGUCAAUGUCAGCCGGCUUUGGAUAAACUUUUUGCUCAAAAUCUUCGUAUUUUUACCUCGAACGGUGAACCUAUACAAAUACAAGUACAAUUUAAUGUGGCCGAAUUUAAAUAUGGACAAAUUUCUCCCAUUAAUCAAAUCACCAAAGCUUUAAACAAACUCUACGAUCGCAUGGAAAGUAUUGAUGGAGAGGAGGGCAUAUUGAACUUAACCCGCUUCGAUCAAAACAGCGAAUUAUUCGAUGUCAUUGUGAAUUUGGGCAACCGUAGUGUACUGGGACGCAUAUUCGAUUUGAUAUAUCGAAACGAUGAACGUUUUCGUUCCAUAAAUGGCAUAGUAUUGAGAGACAAUGGUAUAACUGCCAUGUCUCCAUUUAAAUUGUUCAGCGGAGUUGAAUUUUCAGUACUAGAUCUGAGAGAUAAUAAUAUCCAGUCAUACAUACAGUUAAAUCGUGAUUUGGAAAAUAUUAAAGCAGACGAAUUGAAAUUAUUGGGAAAUCCUGUAACAAAGUCCGCCAAUUAUCCCGAAUGCUUAAGGCCUAUUUUGAAAAAUUUCAAGAUGCUUGAUGGCAUACCCACGGAAAAUCUUUCCAAAGAUUAUAGACCACCUACAAGUGGCGCCAUGGAGGGCAAAUCAAGAGGAUAUAAAAUUGAAUGGUCGAAUAAGGCUGAUGUAAAUAAAUUUGAGAAAAGCAAUCAUUGGCAUGCAUUUAUGAUACCCGAUCCAGAGGAAACAUAUACCAAGGAAGAAAUAAUGGAUUAUUUCUUUUUAACUGUGACCACGACAUGCAGUGAUAUCUAUCCUUGCUAUUACAAGUAUGCCAAUGGAGAGCAUCAAUUUAUGGUGCGUCAAUGCUUUGAUCAAAUAAAAUACUUGGUGGAGAAUUGCAAUCUCGAAAUUAAGGUUCCCCGUUUUGUCGCUCCUCCACCUCCCACUCAGUCGACAACAGAUUUUUCUCCUCAACUAGUUAUGGAUACAACGUUGAUCUAUUACUUGCUCAUGGAUAUAAGUCCCUUCAAGAAGGGCCAGGUUGAGCCUAUGGAGUGCAUUGAAAAGGCUCUUAAUCGACGUUUCAGUGCCAUGGAUCGUAUGCUAAAUUUAAAUAACUUUCAAGCAACCGAGGGCUUGGAGAAUAUCAUAAUCAAUCUAAGCUCUCCAAAAAUUUUAUCACGUGUUUUAAUGCAAGCUUCUCGUAAAUUUCUUUCAACUUGCAUUGAAAUACGCCUUACCCAUAAUAAGAUUUUGAGCGCCAAUUUUCCCAAAAUCUUGGCAUUAAUGGGUAAUCUAAAGGCCCUCGAUUUGGGUAACAAUUGGAUACAUUCCUUGGAUGAUGUAAAAGAGCUGGCCGUUUUGGGAAUUACUUCGUUAAGGUUAGAUGGCAACCCUUUGUGCAACGAUUUUGCUUUUUCUGGGGAAUACAUAAAGGCGGUGAAGAACAUUUUUACAGAUUUAACAAAGUUGGAUGGUAUUGCUAUAACAGCUAAGGAUAAUUUAUCUUCCCCUAAGAAUUUCCUAUGUGAUGUGGCUGGUUAUGAUUUUGUGGAAGAAUUUAUAACGCGUUAUUGUAAAGCUUUUGAAAACGAUCGAUAUGGUUUAAAAGAAUUGUACAGUGACAAAUCGAUUUUAUCCAUAAAUUGCAGUUUUAAUUUGGAUAAGAUGACACCGCAAAUUAUGAAACGAAUUUCUAAAUAUUCCCAACGUUCGCGCAAUCUCAAAACCAUGAAAGAGCCUUCUGAAACUCGUUUUUUUACCUAUGUGGGUUCAAAGGAAAUUAUGCGAGUCAUCAUGGAUCUUCCCCCCAUAACAUAUGAUAUGUUAAGUUUAUGCACCGAUUGCACAAUGUUUCAGGAUAACAUGGUAGUGAUUACAGUCAAUGGCGUUUAUUUAGAUCAGGCGCUUAGCAUUGUGGAGACGGAUAUUUUAAUGGCAUUUACAAGGACAUUUAUACUGAAACCAAUUAAACGAAAAAUGGGUUCCUUGAAAUGUGCCACUCUUUAUCGAAUAGUUAAUGACCAGUACUGCAUCUACAAUCCAACGUCAACUCAAACAAAAAUUGCCUUUAAAUAUUUCAAAAACAUGGAAGGAGCAAAGAAAGAUGAUUUAACUAUUGCCGACAAGGAGGCCCUGUUGGUUAUGUUUCAGGAAACAACUUUACUUAAGUCAAUAUGGUGCACCAGAUGCCUAGAGGAAGCCAAUUGGGAUUUUGCCAAAGCUUUGGAAAUAUUUAUACAACUGUGUGAAAAGAAGGAGAUCCCCGAUGCGGCAUUAAGGUGAUAAUAUAUGGUCUGAGAAUUCAGUUUUUCCAUUUGAGUUGGUGGUUUAUUUCAUGGAAUAAAAGUUUGGAAAAUUUUGUAUUAAAA